CGGGUGGGAGACCCGACUCCAGAGCGGCGGGCCGGCCAGGUGUAGCGCCCCGGUAGCCGCGGGAGGCGCUGGCGCCCCGCCCCCUCCGCCCGCGCUGGUCGCUCAGGUUACCUGAGGCCGGUGGGCGGGGCGGCCUUCCCGUCUGCGCCGGCCCCCAGCCUCCAGGGCGGCGGAGCCGGGAAGUGGGAGAGGGAGCGCCGGAGGCGGGGACUGCCGAGCUCCAGCCCGACCGGGCUCGGAGCGAGGGGCUGCAUGGAGUGGCCGGCGCGGCUCUGCGGGCUGUGGGCGCUGCUGCUCUGUGCCUUCAGCAGCGGGCGCGCGGCGCCCACGGAAAGUCAACUACCUGUGACGAACUUGAGUGUCUCUAUUGAAAACCUCUGCACAAUAAUAUGGACGUGGAAUCCUCCCGAAGGAGCCAGCCCAAAUUGUAGUCUAUGGUAUCUUAGUCAUUUUGGCGACAAACAGGAUAAGAUAAUUGCUCCAGAAACUCAUCGUUCAAAAGAAGUACCCCUGAAUGAGAAGAUUUGUCUGCAUGUGGGGACCCAGUGUAGCACCAAUGAAAGUGAGGAGCCUAGCAUUUUGGUGGAAAAGUGUAUCUCACCCCCUGAAGGUGAUCCUGAGACGGCUGUGACUGAGCUCCAAUGUGUUUGGCACAACCUGAGCUAUAUGAAGUGUUCUUGGCUCCCUGGCAAGAAUACAAGUCCUGACACUAACUAUACUUUCCACUAUUGGCACAGAAGCCUGGGAAAGAUUCUUCAAUGUGAAGACAUCUAUAGAGAAGGUCAACACAUUAGUUGUUCCUUUGACCUGACUAAAGCGAAGGAUUCUAGUUUUGAACAUAUCCAAAUAGAGGUCAAGGAUAAUGCAGGAAAAAUUAGACCAUCCUUCAAUAUAGUGCCUUUAACUUCUUAUGUGAAACCUGAUCCUCCACAUAUUAAAAAUCUCUUCUUCCAAAAUGAUGGCUUACACAUACAAGGGGAAAAUCCACAGAAUUUUAUUAGCAGAUGCUUAUUUUAUGAAGUAGAAGUGAAUAACAGCCAAACUGAGAGACGUGAUGUUUUCUACGUUGAAGAGGCUAGAUGUCAGAAUUCAGAAUUUGAGAGAAAUGAGGAUACAUUUUGCUUCAUGGUCCCUGGUGUUCUUCCUGAUGCUUUGAACACAGUCAGAGUAAGAGUUAAAACAAAUAAGUUAUGCUAUGAGGAUAGCAACAUCUGGAGUAAUUGGAGUCAAGAGAUGAGUAUAGGUAAGAAGCCCAAUCCUACAUUCUACAUAACCAUGUUACUCAUCAUUCCAGUCAUCAUUGCAGGUGCAAUCAUAGUCCUUCUGCUUUACCUAAAAAGGCUCAAGAUCAUUAUAUUCCCUCCAAUUCCUGAUCCUGGCAAGAUUUUUAAAGAAAUGUUUGGAGACCAGAAUGAUGAUACCUUGCACUGGAAGAAGUAUGACAUCUAUGAGAAGCAAACCAAGGAAGAAACUGACUCUGUAGUGCUGAUAGAAAACCUGAAGAAAGCCUCUCAGUGAACAGAGAUAAUUUAUUUUUUACCUUCAAUGGGACCUUCUGAAGAUUCUUCCCAUUCUCUAUUUGUUAUCUGGGGACUUGUUAAAUGGAAACUGAAACUACUGGACCACUUAAAAACAGGCAGCUCCUGAGAGCCAUAGAUCUUUAUGUUGAGUUGUGCACCAAAAAACUAAACAUAAUGGGCUCUUUGGAAAAGAGAGUGGAGUCAUUCUCACUGAGUUAUAAAAGCAGACAUCCUUUGCAAAGGCUUCAAGCUAGGGGACAAAGCAAAAAGUGAUGAUAGCAGUAGAGUUAAUCUUAUCAAGAGUCACGACAACUUACUGAGGGAUCUGUGCUUGCUUUGUAUUCUUUGUGUCAAACAACUCCACCAACUUUUAUUUGUAGAGGAACUCAUUUGGGGUAAAAAUGCCGAUGUCGAACUUGAGUUACAAAGAACGUCUACCAAACAAAAUUGAUAAAAUCUGGUAUCUAUUGUUUGGGAUCUGAUUGAGUAAUGUUUGUGGCUA